UGGAGAGGAGGCACCCAUCAUGGCUUUAUCGUCACACUAUUUUGUCUUCCUUCUUUUCGUCCUUACCUUCGUUUCUGCAGCUUUGGCUCGGUCAGAACCGGGUAAGCUCAGCCAUGACAUCUUAGCACAACAAGAAGCAGAUAAAGUAAUCAGACUUCCCGGCCAGCCUCCUGUGAAAUUCCGACAAUAUGCUGGGUAUAUUCCGGUUGAUGGGAUUCAUGGAAAGGCACUGUUCUACUGGUUUUUUGAAGCAACAAGCCAUCCUCAGAAGAAACCUCUUCUUCUAUGGCUCAAUGGAGGUCCAGGAUGCUCUUCUCUAGGGUAUGGAGAGGCAGAAGAGUUAGGACCAUUCUUGAUCCAAAAGGGUACCCCAGAGCUCAGAUUCAACAAAUACACUUGGAACAAAGCUGCAAAUUUGUUAUUCCUUGAAUCGCCUGUCGGAGUUGGGUUUUCUUAUUCGAAUAGAAGUAGUGACAUAAAUGAACUUGGGGAUACAGUGACUGCAAAGGAUUCGUACAUGUUUCUUGUCAACUGGUUUCAAAGGUUCCCACAGUACAAAUCCCAUGACUUCUACAUUGCAGGUGAAAGCUAUGCAGGUCACUAUGUCCCUCAGCUUGCCGAGGUAAUUUAUGAUGCAAACAAGAAAUCUGCAAUGGAGAACUAUAUAAAUCUCAAAGGCUUCAUGAUUGGCAAUGCGUUACUGGAUGAUGAUACAGACCAGACUGGAAUGAUCGAUUAUGCUUGGGAUCACGCCGUGAUCUCUGAUCGAGUGUACCAGGACGUUAAGACUUACUGCAACUUCAGCAAUUCCGAUCAGAGCAACGAAUGCAAUAAUGCCCUGAACGAAUACUUUGCUGUUUACGACAUUAUUGACAUGUACAGCUUGUAUGCUCCUACCUGUGUCAAUACUAAGACAACCAACAAACAGCGUCGCAGGAUCGAAGGAAUUGCUCCAAAGUCUUUCUCUAAAUUUGAUCCAUGGCAUAAGAAACCAGCCGGUUAUGACCCAUGUGUGUCGCUCUACUCUGAGGUUUAUUUCAACCGGCGGGACGUGCAAGAAGCUCUUCAUGCUAAUAUUACCAACAUUCCUUAUCCAUGGACUCACUGCAGUGAUGUAAUCACCUUUUGGAGCGAUGCACCGGCCUCCAUCCUUCCCAUUAUUAAGAAACUCAUAGCAGGAGGUUUACGCAUUUGGGUGUAUAGUGGAGAUACCGACGGUAGAAUCCCGGUAACAUCAACAAGGUACACAUUGAGAAAGCUUGGAUUGAACACUACUGAAGAAUGGGCUCCCUGGUACAACAACAAUCAGGUUGGUGGAUGGACAAUCAUCUACGAUGGGCUGACAUUUGUUACUUUGAGAGGUGCUGGUCAUCAAGUUCCAACAUUUGUGCCGAAAAGAUCUCUGCAGUUGAUUAAGCACUUCUUGACUAAUAAGAAAUUGCCAUCUGCCCCAUAUUAGUUUAGCAUGUCUAGAAC